GACCCAUCAAAAUUUAAUAAACAAAUCUAUGAAGAAGCACUUCAAUUAAUAAAUAUCCAAAAUGAAAAUUCUAUCCAGAUAAUUUUUCACUUAUUUACAAAUAUAAUUUGUUUUAUUAUUCUAAAUGGUUUUGCUAAUUGGCGUAAUGAAAACCCCCUUAGUAUUCUGAACUCUUGGUUGCAAAAAUUCUUAUUUAAUUUAAGUGAUACAGUAAAAGUAUUUUUCCUUCUUCUAUUCACGGAUUUUUUUUUUGGAUAUCAUUCAACUCGCGGUUGGGAAUUCACCAUUGGAUUUCUCUACGACUCUUUUGGAUUUGGUCAUAAUGAUCAAAUAAUAUCCUGUCUUGUUUGCAUCAUUCCGGUCAGUCUUGAUAUCGGUUUUAAGUAUUUUCUUUUCCUCUAUUUAAACCGCGUCUCUCCGUCACUUCUAAUUAUUUAUAAUUCAAUAGGUGAAGUUAUAUGAAGCUUAGAUUCUUCAUUUUUUCUAUUUUAAUCCUGCUUGGUUAUUUUAUAAAAUUUAGAAAAUCUAGAUGAAUUUUUUAUUUGAGCAACUGGCCGAAUCGUGGUUAUAGUAGACUAGAUGAGCGACCGAACUCGUUUGAUUUUAUUGAUUUUGGAAUCCACAAUUGGCCGAUGCACACUAAAAAUCUUUUUUAUUCGAGAACUCAACAGAUUACUCAAUAUCUUUCGGCAUUGCUUAUGAUGGUUAUCCUAACUCGGACAUCUAUUUCAAGUGCCUAUCCCCUUUUUGCACAACAGGGUUAUGAAAAUCCAAGAGAAGCAACUGGUCGUAUUGUCUGUGCUAAUUGCCAUUUGGCGAAUAAGCCUGUGAAUAUUGAGGUACCCCAAGCGAUACUUCCUGAUACUGUAUUUGAGGCCGUUGUGCAAAUCCCAUAUGAUCUCCAACUUAAACAAGUUCUUUCUAAUGGAAAAAAGGGUGAAUUUUCAUAUUCAUAUUAAAGAAGGCAUAGUAUUACUCGUGAUUUUGUGGAAAAAAUCUUUGGCGCCAAGCGUGAGGGAAUGCCAGACGUUUGGUAAUUGUUCCCCCAACUAAGAGAAAACAGGCCAUAGAAGCGGCCAGUCCAACGCAUAUGGUUUGGGUAUCUGGUCGUACAACUUGCAUACUAUCAUAAAUAGCCAAUCCAGAUAUUAUUCCUCCGCCCGGAGAGUUUAAAAAAAAAAAAAUAUCCUUGGGAUCAUCUUGAAUACCAAGAUAGAUAAAAAGACCUGCAAGUUGAUUCCCAAUCUUAGUAUUUAUUGUAUGAGUUAAAAAAAGGCAUCGUUCGCGAUAAAGUCGGUUGUUUCGGGUGAAAUAUUUCCCUUUUGGAACCGUACACGCGCCUUUUGAUACAUACGGUUCACCAAACUUUUGAAAAUGAAUCAAUGUCUAGAUUCUAGUCCCUUUCUGUUUUUUAAAAGAGGUUCUUUGGUCACUCAACGGAUUGAGUAAACUUCUCAUUGAUUUAUUGUUUCAUCGAGAUUUAAUCCAAAUUCCGAUAUUCUUUUCUUGUUCCUGAAUGAGUUUACUUUUGUAUAGGUUUUUUCUCUUCUCCGGGUUAAAGAUUCUCCCAAUUUUAUAUUUGUAUAUAUAUAACAAAUAGGUUCUUUUUGCCAUUUUUUGUUUUAUCACUUUUUUAUUUUCAUUUAUUUAUUAAGUCUUCAAAGUCUAGGCAUUUUGUAGGUUAAAAGUGAAAAUCAUUGAUGGCUUACCAAGUGUUUUUUGUAAACGGAGCGUAAAUACAUUAAGUUUUUCAUAAAACCAUAAUAACGCCUGGUAUUCAAUUUCCCCAACAAAUAUUAUGAUUGCACUUCACGCUCCAAAUUUGGGACGACUCCCUUAAUUUAUUUUUGGUGAAAGGGGGCUAUCUCGAUCGGGCGAGAUAUGGGGAAAGUCCCAAUUGACUCAACCUAUCUGCCAAGCCGCACUAUAUAUCAAUCCACACUUGACCUGUAUCUUCGUCAUAUAGGAAACGUACUCUUGGAACACCAAUGGGCAUAAAAUUAAAUAAAAAACACUUUAUAUCCUUUUCAAAAUUUACUUUGAUAUGGAAACGUUAAAAAACUAAAACAAAAGAUAGGGUUUUAUUAGACUUAGUUAGAAUAUUGGUUUUUUAUAUUUUAUAUACAUUAAAGGCUCUAUUCUUCAAUUCUUAACAAUAGAUAUCUAACUCAAAACUAUUUUUUACGGGCAAGGCAAGAAAGUUAUGUAGCGUCUCUUUCUCUUUGAUCAAGAGGUAUUUUCAUGGGUUUACCUUGGUAUCGUGUCCAUACUAUUUUAUUGAAUGAUCCUGGUCGAUUGCUUUCAGUUCAUAUCAUGCAUACAGCUCUGGUUGCUGGGUGGGCUGGUUCGACAGCUCUAUAUGAAUUAGCGGUUUUUGAUCCUUCUGACCCGAUUCUUGAUCCAAUGUGGCGACAGGGUAUGUUUGUUAUACCCUUUAUGACUCGUCUGGGAAUAACUACUUCGUGGGCAGGUUGGGAUAUCACAGGGGGACCCAUAACGACUCCAGGUUUGUGGAGUUACGAAGGUGUCGCUGGAGCACAUAUUUUUUUCUCUGGAUUAUGCUUUUUGGCAGCUAUAUGGCAUUGGGUUUAUUGGGAUUUAGAAGUUUUUUUUGAUCAACGUACAGGAAAACCUUCUUUAGAUUUACCCAAGAUCUUUGGUAUUCAUUUAUUUCUCGCAGGACUAACGUGCUUUGGGUUUGGCACAUUUCAUGUAACAGGUUUGUAUGGUCCUGGAAUCUGGGUCUCAGACCCCUAUGGGUUAACAGGAAAAGUACAGGCAGUCAAUCCAGCCUGGGGCAUAGAAGGGUUUGAUCCAUUGGUUCCAGGGGGAAUAGCUUCGCAUCAUAUUGCAGCCGGGACUUUGGGUUUAUUAGCAGGCCUAUUCCAUCUGAGUGUCCGCCCGCCCCAACGGUUAUAUAAGGGAUUGCGUAUGGGAAAUAUUGAAACCGUCCUUUCUAGUAGUAUCGCCGCUGUCUUUUUUGCAGCUUUUGUGACUGCCGGAACUAUGUGGUAUGGUUCAGCAACUACUCCAAUUGAAUUGUUUGGGCCUACCCGUUAUCAAUGGGAUCAGGGAUAUUUCCAACAAGAAAUAUAUCGCAGAAUUAGUGUGGGAUUAGCCGACAAACAAAGUUUAUCGGAAGCCUGGUCUAAAAUUCCGGAAAAGUUAGCUUUUUAUGAUUAUAUCGGAAAUAAUCCUGCAAAAGGCGGAUUAUUCAGAGCAGGUUCCAUGGAUAAGGGGGAUGGAAUAGCAAUUGGAUGGCUAGGUCACCCGAUCUUUAGAGAUAAAGAGGGGCGUGAACUUUUUGUACGCCGUAUGCCGACGUUUUUUGAAACAUUUCCAGUUAUUUUAGUGGACAGCGGUGGAGUUGUUCGAGCUGAUGUCCCAUUUCGAAGGGCAGAAUCAAAGUAUAGUGUUGAACAGGUAGGCGUAACUGUUUCUUUUUAUGGUGGGGAACUUAAUGGGUUAACUUAUAGCGACCCUACUACUGUGAAAAAAUAUGCUAGACGUGCUCAAUUUGGUGAAAUUUUUGAAUUAGAUCGUGCUACUUUGAAAUCCGAUGGUGUUUUCCGAAGCAGUCCAAGGGGUUGGUUUACGUUUAGUCAUGUUUCAUUUGCCUUGCUUUUCUUCUUCGGCCAUAUUUGGCACGGUGCUAGAACACUGUUUCGAGAUUUGUUUGCGGGUAUUAAUCCGGAUUUAGAUUUGCAAGUUGAGUUUGGAGCAUUCCAAAAAUUGGGAGAUCCAACUACAAGAAAACUGGGAAUCUAAUCUCUCAUUUAUCAUAUUAGUUUUCGUUUGAUUUUACGAACUCCGAAUCUGAUAAAAACUAAACGGCACCAAGAAUUGAUCAUUGCCUUGAUGUCCAUUGUGAUUGAGAAGAGGUUUACCGCUUCAUUUCCGAAGGCCGUGGCUGCAUACUGUUUCCAGGUACACCAAGCAAUCACUCCUGGGAGUAUGUUUCUAGGAUUGCCCUUAAUUGUGUUAGCUUGAGAUCUCAGCUGCCAUUCCAUCAGAAGGGACAUUGAGAAGGCAUGUGAACUUGGAAUCUGAUUAAAUUUUCUGGGAAAGG